AUUACAGAUGGCGUUUGGGUGGUCAAUUCGUGGCAACGCUUGGCUACUGAUCUUUGUUGCUAGUGGUUUUUGUUACCGAGACGAUCGCUAUUGUUCGCUCUGCCCCCAACACAUCGCUUGUGGGAACACCGACCAGUUGCAUGGAGAUUGUCUCAAAUAUAGUGGCGUUAACCUCACCAAUCUACGCCACUACAGGCAUCAAAUAACGGCACAUGUAAAUCAUCUACGCGAUAAGUUUGCUUCUGGCAAUGUAAACGGUUUCAACGAGCUCUACGGGCCAAUGCAUUUUGUCACGUGGGACGAGGAAAUGGCCGAUCUAUGCAGACUCAAUGUGAAUUCUUGCAAAUUCGGCCACGACAAGUGUCGUGCCACACCCAUCCACCCGUACAGUGGCCAAACAUUAGGCAAAUUGACGAAGUGUGUGCCAACAAACAAAGAGAAGGAACUUAACAUCAACGUGCAUCAUAAUGUAAUUUUGCAUCUGAUCGACCGAUGGUUUGCGGAGCACCUGGAUACAAAGCCGACCGAUGUUAAACACUAUUCGCAUAUCUCAUCCGGACGAAAAUUUCAAAUUGGCCAUUUUCUUCAACUGAUCAACUGUAACGUUUGCAAAAUGGGAUGCUCUUUGGUAUCCUAUAGGGAGCACCGCCAUCAUAACGUAUGCUCAACAUACAUCCUUUGUUGCAACUAUUCUUACAUCAACAUUAUCAACCGACCGAUUUGUAGCGUCAACGCUUCCUACCCAGGAGCUUGUGAGAAAAAUGGGCGUUUUCGUCAUUUGUGUCAGCACUGCUCGUUAUAGUGAUAGUUGAGAAAUAAAAUUUCAACAAAGGUUUUCAAACAUACGCGGAAAUAGCUUUAAUAAAUCUGUUCUCUUCAGCACUGCAUAAACCAGGAUACAU